GUCAAAGACUAUCAGAGAUAGGUUGUAACAGUUGACAUGACAAGUUGUUGGGGUCAGUGAGUGAUUGGGAAAUAUUUGAAAUUUUGAGUGUCAGAGAAGGAGGACGUGACUAGCAGUUUUAGGAUACUUGCAAUUAACAACCUGAAAUAAAGUCAACACAGACAUGGCAGGGACUAAAUCAGAAUCUCGUAACCUAACCAAUUCUAACAAACCCAGUGCAUUAUCCAAUGUUUACUUAUUUAUAUACAAUUUCAUUCAGGUUUUAGGAUGGUCUUAUCUAUUGUACCAGGUAACCCAGCAUUACAUGGCUGGAAAAUCUACAGAUACUCUUUGGACAGAAGUUAAACUCACCGUCCUUGUUUUUCAAAAUGCUGCAGUACUUGAGAUUUUGCACGUUGCUGUUGGCAUCGUAAAAUCCAACCUGAUGUUGACUAUAUUCCAAGUGUUCUCUCGUGUGAUGGUGGUCUGUGGUAUCCUGUUAGCAACCCCCACUGCUCCCCUCUCCAAUGGUUUGCCUCUCGCUCUUGUGGCGUGGUCAGUUACAGAAGUCAUACGCUACCUGUACUACGCACUCAACAUCGUCAGUCUUGUCCCUUACCUUCUUAUAUGGUGCAGGUACACAUUUUUCAUUGCACUUUAUCCCAUUGGAGUAACAGGAGAGCUCCUGUGUAUGUAUGCGGCACAGAAGUUUGUAGGUGAGACUCAGCUGUGGAGUCUCACAUUACCAAACAAAUGGAACUUUACAUUCAGCUAUCACUACUUCAUCAUUUACAUCAUGCUUCUCUACAUUCCAUUGUUUCCCCAACUAUACUUGCAUAUGUUCAGUCAGCGGAAAAAGAUUAUUGGUGGAACGACACAGAUUUCGAAGAAAAAAAGCUCUUAAAAGUUCAUAUUGGAGAUACAGAGCAAUACAUAGUGCAUGUUCAUAAUCAGGAAAUUGAUCGAAAUAACUUGAAAAAUACGUUAUUAAGCCUAUUUGUAAGUGACCUUGUGUGUCUGGAUUUACCAUCCAGUUUUAAGAAAAAUGUGUAAAAUAAUGUUUUAUAUAGAGCUCCUUUAACAAUGCCUAUGUAGAAAGUAUUGAGACUGUUAUGAUACAUUGUUCUUACUCUAUGAAUGCCAAUACUUAGAUUGGAGGGACGUCUGUGUGACUGAUAUCCGUUGUGCCAGAAUAUAGAGUUAUUUGAUGUGAGUACAACAUUAGGAAACAAGAUUGUUUAACAGAUUGUGCAAAAUUUAUCAACAUACACAGCAAAGUGAACAAUUAUUAGUUUUUUUUUUUUUUUAAGGAAAUAUCUUAGAAAUAAAACUGUGUCAUGUAAUAUGGACAAGAUAUAUUAUAAUUGCAUUUUAAUUUUUUUUAAGCAUCUUGGAAAAUGUGAAAAGCUAUUUACAUACAAAAGAUGAUGAACAGUUUUAUUCCAUAAAUAAAUUAAACAUAAUGGAUCAUUGUCAAUAAUGGUUUGGAUAAAUGUGUUAACAUUCCACUAUUAUUAACUUAAGCUAUUUGUUAUAGAAAAACUAAAUAUUCGUUAUAUACAAAGCUCAUUAUUUGCUACAUUUUAUUUUGUCAGUAGUUUAACACUAAUUUUGUUAGUAAUUUUUAAGAAAUAUAUAUUAAAGAAAUGAAUCAUUUCUUUUAAGUUAAACUAAUUUUACUAAUGUUAGGUUCUAGUGGUGUUAUAGUGUUAUUGUUAUGUAAUUAUAGAUGGUGUUGUUGUCUUUAUAAAUAUUUUUUUGUUAUAUGUGGGAAAUGAAUGAAAUAUACAUUUUUUAAAUUUUUA